AUGCAUAAGUACCAGCCGCGAUUCCACUUAGUCCGGGCAAGCGACAUCGCACGACUGCCUUACUCCACCUUCCAUUCAUAUGUUUUUAAGGAGACUCAAUUCAUCGCCGUCACUGCAUACCAAAAUGAAAAAAUCACCCAACUGAAAAUAGAUCAUAAUCCCUUUGCAAAGGGAUUUCGGGACACAGGAGGCGGUCGAAGAGAAAAAAAGCCCUCUGCUUUGGUUGGUCCCAGAAGCGGCACCGCACCGCAAGCUCUUAGCCCACGUACAGGCUUAUCGGCGAGCUCGGCGGGAUUUCUGAACAAUCCGCAUCGUUCAAUGACGGGUGCCGGAUCACUUCAAACAGGACAACAAAGUCGUCAACUGGACCACCGUUUUCGUCAUCAGAAUGCAGGCCGGACAUCCAUGACCACAGUCGUAGCCUCCUCAACCACUGCCGGUGGUGAAGCCGGAACCGAGUCUUCUGAAUCUGACUCGGACUCUGAGCCAGACUGUUCUGCAAGCCAAGUGGACCAGGAAGCUCUCUUCUCCUUUACCGGUGGUCGACCUGGCUCGAUAGCAACCUCUGCAUCUGCUACGGCGGCUGUUGCCUCAGGUUGUCUUAUGUCGGAAUCUGAAGGUCCAAGUCAAGAUUCGAACUCCAGUCCUAGACCUAGAACUGGCUCUUCAACACUAGAAGUCAGACGUCGUCUUGGAGCAGAACUGCUGGCGCCUUCAUCACAUAUUAUGAUGCCUGGUGAAGAGAGCGAGACUCACUUUGAUCUGGGUCUGGAAAAAUUCUGUAAGACCCGCUUCUCUUUACUUUUAUCUCAAGCAUAA